AUGUCUACCGCUGAGGAAUGGGUUCAGGAAUUAGAUGCUCUCUGUAGUCGAGUUUCCACCUUGUUUCCUUCUGGAUCAGACGAUGAGAAUGUUCGCAUUCGAGCAUUGCGUCUUGCUGAGAAGGCUGUACAUCAGCUCCAUACCCCUAUGACUUUUGCUGAAGCGCAGACAUGGGCGCCGCUCGAGCUGUUUGGCGUCGGAGUGGCUUGUGAGAUGGGUAUAUUUGACGUUCUCUCCAAGCACUCUGUGUCCCUCAGCACUGUCGAUAUUGCUAGAGAACUCAACGCCGAUCCAGCCUUGGUUGCUCGAAUCAUGCGGCUGUUGGAUGCACAUUAUAUGGUCGAUCAAGUCUCGUUGGGUCUAUAUGCAGCGAACGCAAUCACUAGGGACUAUGUAAAGCCCUACCGAAAAGGAAACGUCAUGACGCAAGUUGCUUUAAUGCCCUCGUAUUUCGCUCUCUCGGCCUGGCUUCGUGCCAAUGAUUACAAGGUGCUACCGGAUGCAAAUAACUGUGCCUGGCAGGUCGGGUCCAAUACCACCAAAACAUUCUGGGAGAGUAUGUCAGAGGACCCAAGGCUAAGCAAAUACUUCAACGAUUACAUGGCAGUCCCUCGUACUACCCAGGAGGAAGAUUUCGUUAGCUUCUACCCGUUUGAGACUAUCUUCACCAACUCCAAUGCCGAAGACAUCCUCUUCGUCGACAUCGGUGGCGGGCUCGGCCACCAAGCCAUGCGCAUCCGCGGCGUCUUCCCACGUUCUCGGGGUCGCAUCAUUCUGCAAGACCUUCCCCAAGUCACUAGCAAGAUCACGACCGCCUCGCUGCCCGAGGUCGAAAUCAUGGACCACGACAUGGAGGACCCACAACCCGUCAAAGGUGCCCGCGUCUACUACCUUCGUGGUGUCCUGCACAACCAUGCCGACCACGUGUCCGCCCAGUACCUCUCACGAAUUGCCGCAGCCAUGGGUCCCGAAUCGAGAUUGUUGAUUCAUGAGGCCCUAUCAACUGAGCUUAGUCCGACUAAGAAUAUCACGAGGUUCGAUUUAAGUAUGUUGGCAUCGUGUGGAGGUGCGCAGAGGUCUGAAGCCGAGCAGAAGGAGUUAGUGGAGAAGGCCGGGUUGGAGGUAUUAGAGACAAGGAGUACGCCGAGAGACUGGUCGAUUAUGGAGGCCAGGUUGAAGAGGGAGUAG